AUGCUAGCAGCACUAUGGACAUUGUCUAAUAAUGCAGACAAAGUCCGCUGGGCUGCCAGGAUGGAAUGUAAGGACGAAAUCCAUCAAAGGGAAGAGGAAGAGAACAUACAGCUCCAGCAAGCGCUUCAGGAGGAGGAAGAGGCAGCUCGCCUAGAAGAGCAAAAAAAGAACAAAAGCAAGUACACUUCAAUUCAUCGGGGAAAAGUUCCUUCCACCCUGUCUAUCCUCCCAGCCAUAUACACUAUAAGAAAGCUCAAGGGAUCGCCUCUUAGUCCCACACUAAGUGGCACCCCGAAUCAAGACCCUGGACACCACACCAGGUCAACACGCCCAACGGCGUCACCAACAGUCUUCCACCCAAUCAAUAGAACCCUUAAAAAACCCAAAAACAUAUUAUAG